UAAACAUUAAAAUAUUACUAAGAUAUGCUCCUUGAAAAUUGAGUUGGAAUUAACUGUUAAUAGAAAAAUUCCAGUGGCUUACAAUUGCUGUCCCUUUCACAGUUUCACAAGAUCUAACAUUAAUUUGUGUUACUUAGUACCUUCAUUAUUAAUAUUCUUCUAAGGGGAUUACGUUGAGGAUUGGUUAUAUAUAUAAAUGUAGGAAAACACCAACCGUUUUUCAAAAACAGAGUGAUCUUUCCUCUUUGGUUUUGCAUUUGUUUCAAGACUCACAAUAACCAUGUCUAAAUCUUUUCUUCUCUUCACGAUUAUUGUUGUUAUUAGCUUUGGUUUGUGGGUUCUUUAUGCAUCUGCAGAGCUUCAGAGAUUUACACAACCAUGUAAAAGUGAUGGUUCUCUUAAUUUUUUGGUGGUUGGUGAUUGGGGAAGAAGAGGUGAAUAUAACCAAUCUGAAGUUGCUUACCAGAUGGGGGAAAUAGGAGAGAAGCUUGACAUUGAUUUUGUGAUUUCAACUGGAGACAAUUUCUAUGACAAUGGCCUAACUAGUGAUCAUGAUCCAUUCUUUGAGGAAUCAUUCACCAAAAUCUACACUGCUAAGAGCCUACAAAAACAGUGGUACGCUGUGUUGGGAAACCAUGACUAUAGGGGGGAUGCUGAGGCCCAGUUGAGCCCUUUCCUUAAGGAAAUUGAUUGCAGAUGGCUUUGCCUAAGGUCAUUUAUUGUAGAUGCAGAGCUGGUUGAGAUGUUCUUUGUGGACACAACUCCUUUUGUUCAAGAGUACUACACUGAAACAGAACACACAUAUGAUUGGAGUGGAAUUAACCCACCAAAAUCUUAUGUUAGCAACUUACUCAAGAAUGUAGAAUUGGCAUUGAAGGAAUCAAGUGCAAAAUGGAAGAUUGUUAUUGGACACCAUGCAAUCAGAAGUAUUGGACAUCAUGGUGAUACUCAAGAACUUAUAGACCAACUUCUCCCAAUUCUUCAGGCAAAUAAUGUUGAUUUUUACAUGAAUGGACAUGACCAUUGUCUUGAACACAUUAGUGACACGAAGAGCCCAAUUCAGUUUCUGACUAGUGGGGCGGGGUCAAAAACAUAUAGAGGAGAUAUUCAAGAAAAAGGAGAAGGCCUAAAAUUCUACUAUGAUGGACAAGGUUUCAUGUCUGUGCAAUUGACUCCGUCUGAUGCAAAAAUUGAGUUCUAUGAUGUUGAUGGAAAUGUUCUUCACACAGUUACUUCAUCAAAGCAGCUUUAUUCUUCCUUCUGAAGUUUUUGUAUGUAUACUAGAUUGAUAGAUAAGGUAGACAUUCGCUAAGGUCUAGGAGAAUUAGAAUUAGUACUUUGCAUUUUCAAAUUGUGUCACCAAUUUUUUUUAGUUGAGGAAUAAAAUAUAUUGGAAAAUUCUAUGGUGCUGAUCAAGGAUGUCAGCAUAAGAUGUUGUCCAGACAUCUCAUCGUUAAAGCAAGAUACGUGGAAAUUGCGUGUGGUAUGGGAUUUGCCUUGAUUGUCAUGGCAUGUUGUUGUUGUCGUGUUUUCCAUUUCGUGGGAGAGUUUAAUUAGCGAAAAUGAUGUGGUUAACGUAGUUGGAUUAUUGGGCUGGGCCGUUUGUGGGCCAGCAAAUUUUUGUUAAUAUAAGGGAAUUUGUGCUAACAUGCAAGGUUGUUAAAGAAAACUUAUAAAGUUGUUAAAUUCUCA